AUGUUGAAGUAUAAUAGUGUGGUGAAACAGCUCAGUAAGCGACUCUAUUCAAUGAGCUCGCAAGAACAAUAUAUAUAUGACAAAAUAACUAAACAAUUGAAUCCUAAAUCAUUGCAAGUGGCAGACAUAUCGGGUGGUUGCGGAUCAAUGUUCUCUAUACAAGUAUCAAGUGAGAAAUUCAAAGGUCUCUCCAUAGUUAAACAACAUAAACUAGUUAAUGAGAUCUUAAAGGACGAUAUCGGUAAAUGGCAUGGCUUACAAUUAAAAACUAGCUCCAAAGUCUAG